AUGUUUCCUCUCUUAUUCCUACUCCUAAAACUACAAAUCUUCCUCAUACAUGCUUCUCAAUCUCUCCCUGAACUUAACACUCUAAUUGCCAUCAAAGAAUCUCUAGACCCAGAAAACCGUGUGUUAUUCUCAUGGAACACUGAUUCUGACCCAUGUAGUGGAACUUUUGAAGGUGUUGCUUGUAAUGAACAAGGUCUUGUUACUAAUAUUUCACUUCAAGGAAAAGGCUUAUCUGGGAAAAUACCUUCGGUUAUUGCUAGUCUUAAGAGUUUGACUGGUCUUUACCUUCAUUUCAAUGCUUUGAAUGGGAUUUUGCCUAGGGAAAUUGCAGGUUUAUCUCAGCUUAGUGAUUUGUAUCUUAAUGUUAAUAAUCUUUCUGGUACUAUCCCUCGUGAGAUUGGUAACAUGUCAAACCUUCAAGUUUUGCAGCUUUCUUAUAAUGAGCUUAAUGGGAGUAUACCUACCGAGCUAGGAAGAUUAGAGAGGCUAAGUGUUCUUUCACUCCAAUAUAAUCACUUACGCGGCGCAAUUCCUGCAAGUUUGGGUGAGCUAGAGUCACUAGAAAGAUUGGAUCUCAGCUUCAAUACCCUUUUUGGUCCAAUUCCAGUAACAUUGUCUUAUGCACCUAAACUACAGACUCUUGAUGUUCGAAACAAUUCACUCUCCGGAAACAUCCCUCUAGAUUUGAAAAGACUAGAAGAAGGGUUCAAGUAUUCGAACAAUCGUGGUUUAUGCGGAACUGGAUUUGCCAAUUUAGAUUCUUGUCAAAUAGUAAGCAAUUCAGAUCCAAUUAGACCUGAACCAUAUGUACCUACAAAGAAUUCUACAAUUGAUUAUCCGACAUCGCCUGAACAAACGGCUAAAAACUGCAGCAAUGCUGAUUGUAGAAGGCGCUCAGAAUCUUUGAUAAUUGCUUUGAUUUUUGUGAUGAUUGGUGUUAUUUUUGUUUCUUCUGUUACGGGGCUAUUUCUGAUCUUACGAUACCGUCGCCAGAAACAGAAAAUUGGAAACACUGGUGAAAUUUCUAAUAGUCGUCGGCUUAGUACUGACAAGAUCAAGGAAGUGUGCAGGAAAAACGCGUCGCGGCUUAUAAGUUUGGAGUAUUCCAACGGAUGGGAUCCGUUAUCCAGAAAUCUCAGUGGUUACUCACAAGAAUUUCUUGAAAGCUUUAUGUUUAAUCUUGAAGAAGUAGACCGUGCAACUCAGUGCUUCUCGGAGCUAAAUUUAUUGACGAAGAACAAUAUUUCGGCCAACUAUAGAGGAAUCUUGAGAGACGGAUCUGUUGUGGUUAUAAAGUGCAUUGCCAAGACAAGCUGCAAGUCUGAUGAAACUGAGUUCUUGAAAGGCUUGAAGAUAUUAACUUCUUUAAAGCACGAUAAUCUGGUUCGGUUGAGAGGCUUCUGCUGUUCGAAAGGCCGCGGGGAGUGUUUUCUGGUUUACGAUUUUGUUUCAAACGGGAGUUUGUCGAAGUAUCUUGAUCUUAAAAGAGGAAGUGAUGAGGUACUUGAAUGGUCCACUAGAGUUUCCAUAAUCCAUGGUAUUGCCAAAGGUAUUGGUUAUCUCCAUGGAAAAAAAGGAAGCAAGCAUUAUUCACUAGUUCAUCAGAGUAUAUCAGCUGAAAAAGUACUUCUCGAUUCUCGGUACAAUUCCUUACUUGCAGAUUCAGGAUUGCACAAACUUCUUGCAGAUGAUGUUGUUUUCUCCACCCUCAAAGCUAGUGCUGCAAUGGGGUACCUGGCACCAGAAUACGCGACAACAGGUCGUUUUACCGAAAAAAGUGAUGUCUAUGCUUUUGGGGUGAUAGCUUUCCAACUUCUCAUUGGAAAACAUGAUAUCGCCCUAUUAAGUCGGCGAUGGGAAGAAACUGGAUGUUUGAAAGAUAUUAUCGAUGAAAAUCUUGAAGGUAAGUAUUUAGAAUCCGAGGCAGAGAAAUUGGCGAGACUUGCUUCGGUUUGCACCAAUGAAUCUCCUGAUCUCCGGCCGCAUAUGGAGGAUAUAAUGAUAGAACUGAGUGACGAUAAGUGGUAA